GCCAAUUUUAAAUCGAUCUACACCUUAAAAAUUCGUCAAAAAAGUCAUGUUUCCAAAUUACUGCUUUACAAACUCCGCCCGACAGUCGGACUAUAAUGUUGUUAAGAGAGACUAUACCGCUAAGGACAGUUUACAAUGCAAAGUCGUACGUCAUUCCGCUCCUUCAGUGACGUCAGCCGGCAGGAGAAGGACUCGCCAUCGAACGGAGCGCCGAAGGAGUAUUUCCAAGUCGAGCUCUUCGCGGGUCAAGGAUUCGUCCUCGAAGAGCGUAGGAUUCCGGCUAACACCCGUGAUUUGUUCGAGUGAAAAGGACACUCGCAAGCCAGGUGGCAACGAUAGAGAAACGGAUAAAAUUACCUCCAAUCCCAGCAACGAUCCCAAUCGCGAUCUGCAGGACUCCUUUGCCGACUUCUUUAGCAUCAUUCACGACAAUGUCCUGGAAUCGGUGCAGGAUGCUGUGCAGCGAAUGGUGUCGAAGAGUUUUGAGGAAUCCGUGGCCAAAAUGGAACGACUGUCGAAGGACCUACAGAAUCAGGAGGCGAUGCUCAAUAAAAUCUAUCGCGAUGUUACCAACAAAAUUACCGCUCAGAGUGAAGCGAGCUUGAACCAAUUCAAAUUCGUUACCCAAAUGCUCAUCGACAACCAAACCGUGCACUACAGAGCGCUCAAUCAAGCGAAGGCGAACAAGCAGCGGCGCAAAGAAGAGGAGGAUCUGGAAAAGGACCGGAAGUUGGAGCGCGAACGGAAGCGGAUGUGCGCUUGCAAGGAGGUGCGAAAUGCGCGGGUUCGUAAAAGCAGGAGUUCCAGUGUGGAUCUCGUGAAAAGAAGCACUGGUGGCGAGGCAAAGGAACUAGUGCCGAAAGCACCGCAGCAUCAAUUGUGCCAACAGCAGGCGCCAUUGGUGUAUCACUUGUACAACUCCAGUACGGAUCAGGAAUCUACAGCCAGGAGCAGGCAGAUGUCCCGGUCGUCUUCAAAGCAUGCAACUACUCCCGAUCUCCCAAGACAAUCCACUUCUCUCAGUAUGCCAGACCUUUCCGGUCGCAACUCCUCCAAUCCUAGGCGAACUAUUCAGCCGCAACAUUCAUCGAAAUUCUCUAGAAGCAGCUCAUCCCGAUCCUCCAACCACCGACAAGAUAAUAUUGUCUGCCUUCCGGCCAUGACGUAUCCACCUUACGUCCGCAAUCAACCGAUUCCCCGGCGAAAAUUAGUUCGCAAAACUUGUCAGCAUAAAGGAAAAUAAAGAAUGUCUUUUAUGCAGACCCUAAAACAAAAAACUGUUAAGACAUUCAAUUGCAUUGUACGCAUAAAGGAAUGCAAAGAAUUGGCAAUCCUUUUCGUGUUUUGCAAUUGGUAGUCUUAGCAGUCAAAGCCAAUUGAGACAUCGAUUUUGUAGUAAAAAUUUUAAUAAAGACAACCAGUUUUAUUUAAUCAAA